AGAGGUGUUUUGCCUUUGGUUUGGUACUACGUUUUUUUCAUUCAUUCCUCUUUCUCCUCCUCCAUUACUCUCUCUUCCUUGUCGAUCCAAACCAGAUCUUGUUUUCCUCUUGUUGCAUUCAUCAUCAAUCAACUCAGGAGAUUCUUCAUAUUUUUCCGAUCGAUUUUUUUUUCUUCCUUGUGGUUUGUUAAAUCUUCUCGUAGAUCCGAGCUGUAAAGAUGGAGGCGAUAGAAGAACUAAUGAAUCUCUCGGAUUCCAUGAAACAAGCGUCAGCACUUCUCGCUGAUGAAGAUGUUGAUGAAUCAUCUCCGUCAUCAUCUCGGCGAGCAUCUACGUUUCUCAACGUGGUUGCCCUUGGCAAUGUGGGUGCGGGUAAAUCAGCAGUAUUGAAUAGUUUAAUCGGGCAUCCAGUUUUGCCAACGGGUGAAAAUGGUGCAACUCGCGCCCCUAUCAGCAUUGAUCUACAAAGGGAUGGUUCACUUAGCACCAAAUCAAUUGUUUUACAGAUUGACAAUAAAUCUCAACAGGUUUCUGCAAGUGCACUCCGGCAUUCUUUGCAGGAUAGGCUGAGCAAGAGUGCUGCCAGCAAGGGACGUGUUGAUGAAAUAUAUUUGAAAAUUCGCACUAGUACAGCUCCUCCUUUAAAAUUGGUUGAUUUACCUGGACUGGAUCAACGGAUGAUGGACGAUGCAUUGGUCAGUGAUUACGCUGGGCAUAAUGAUGCAAUAUUGCUAGUUGUAAUUCCAGCUUCCCAGGCCCCAGAAAUUUCCUCAUCCAAAGCUCUGAGGUUGAUAAAAGAAUUUGAUUCAGAUGGUACCAGAACUGUCGGUGUCAUUAGUAAAAUAGAUCAAGCAUCUUCAGACCCGAAGGUCCUAGCUGCAGUUCAGGCUCUGCUAAAUAACCAGGGACCGAGAAAUACAUCUGACAUUCCUUGGGUGGCUUUGAUUGGGCAAUCUGUAUCUAUUGCAUCUGCCCAAUCAGGAUCUGUUGGCUCAGAGAACUCUCUUGAAACAGCUUGGCGAGCCGAGAGUGAAAGCCUUAAAUCUAUACUGACCGGUGCACCUCAAAGCAAACUUGGCAGAGUUGCUCUGGUAGAAACUCUUGCUGGGCAGAUCCGCAACCGCAUGAAAAUCAGGCUUCCGAACCUCCUCUCUGGUCUCCAAAGUAAGUCUCAAGUAGUUGAGGAUGAGCUAGUGAGGCUCGGAGAACAAAUGGUUGAUAGUCCUGAAGGUACAAGGGCGAUUGCGUUGGAGCUUUGCCGUGAAUUUGAAGACAGAUUUCUUCAACAUAUUGCUACUGGUGAGGGCGGCGGUUGGAAAGUUGUUGCCAGUUUUGAAGGAAACUUCCCUAAUAGGAUCAAGCAACUACCCCUGGACAGACAUUUUGACCUCAACAAUGUCAAAAGGAUUGUCCUGGAAGCUGAUGGUUAUCAACCAUAUCUUAUAUCUCCAGAGAAAGGGUUGAGAUCCUUGAUAAAAAUUGUGCUCGAACUAGCUAAAGAACCAUCACGUCUUUGUGUAGAUGAGGUGCAUCGUGUAUUAGUAGAUAUAGUUACUGCUGCUGCAAAUUCUACACCAGGACUUGGAAGAUAUCCUCCUUUUAAGAGAGAGGUUGUGGCCAUUGCAAGUAUUGCUUUAGAGAAUUUUAAGAAUGAAGCUAAAAAAAUGGUGGUUGCUCUAGUUGAUAUGGAACGUGCUUUUGUGCCUCCUCAACACUUUAUCCGCUUGGUUCAAAGAAGGAUGGACAGACAGCGCAGAGAGGAAGAGGUAAAAAACAAAUCAUCGAAAAAAGGGCAAGAUGCAGAACAAUCGCUACUGAACAGAGCAACAAGCCCUCAAACAGGAGUCCCCCCACCAACUGGGGGUAGCCUGAAAUCGAUGAAAGAUAAAUCUGGUCAGUCGGAGAAAGAUGCACCAGAGGGUUCAUCUGCUCUGAAGACUGCUGGACCUGAUGGGGAGAUAACAGCAGGCUUUUUGUUAAAGAAAAGUGGAAAGACCAAUGGCUGGAGCAGGCGGUGGUUUGUGUUGAAUGAGAAAAAUGGAAAGCUUGGAUACACCAAAAAGCAAGAGGAAAGGCAUUUUCGUGGGGUUAUUACUUUGGAGGAAUGUAAUGUUGAAGAGCUUUCAGAAGAAGAGGAGGCACCAUCUAAAAGCUCCAAGGAUAAAAAGUCAAAUGACUCGAGCAAAGGAUCAAAUUUAUUAUUUAAAAUAACUAGCAAGGUUCCAUACAAGACAGUUCUCAAAGCUCAUAGUGCUGUUGUAUUGAAGGCCGAGAGUAUGGCAGAUAAGAUUGAAUGGAUGAACAAGAUAAGAAACGCUACUUCUAAAGGAGUCAAGGGUAUUUCUGAAGCUGGCGUUCCUAUGCGACAAAGUCUUUCAGACGGUUCAUUGGAAUCAAUGGCUAGAAGACCUGCAGAUCCUGAAGAAGAGCUUAGGUGGAUGUCUCAGGAAGUACGUGGAUACGUGGAAGCAGUUUUGAAUAGUCUAGCUGCGAAUGUCCCCAAAGCAGUUGUUCUUUGUCAAGUUGAAAAAGCGAAGGAAGACAUGCUAACUCGGCUUUAUAGCUCCAUCAGUUCUCAAAGCAAUGCAAAGAUCGAAGAGCUGCUAAUGGAAGAUCAGAAUGUUAAGCGCAAGAGGGAACGCUAUCAGAAACAGUCUGAUCUCUUGUCAAAAUUCACACGCCAGCUAGGUAUCCAUGACAAUCGAGCCUCUGCUGCCUCUAGCUGGUCCAAUGGUAACAGUGGAGCAGAGAGUAGCCCGAGAACUACAGGUGCAGCAUCAGGAGAUGACUGGAAAUCAGCCUUUGACGCUGCAGCAAAUGGAGAACAUGGUUCAUUUGGGAGAUCAAACUCCAAUGGUCACAGCAGGCGCUACAGCGAUCCUGCCCAAAAUGAUGACUCAAACUCCGGAUCAAACUCUGCUAGUCGACGUACGCCAAACCGGUUGCCUCCCCCACCACCUGGUUCUUCAGGAUAUAGAUACUAGGAUAACUCACCAUUUGUUGACAGUUGAUCGUAUAUUAUAUUUUUGUACCCCAUUGUUCUAGGUGGAAAGUAUGGGGUGGGUGCGUCACGCUCGACGCGUCAUGAAUCCGAGCAAUUUGAUUGAUUAGAAGUCUUUCAUUUGAAGAAGAAGAGGAAAGGGUGGCUUUAUGGUGUAUAUAUUGAUUUGCACUUCCUAGUAUGGUCAUACUUGAAGUGUGUUACUGGUGGUAUACCUCUCUUUCCCUUAUAUAUCCCUACAUUUAGGUUUUUUUCUCUUUUUCUUUCGUGUCUCGCUUCCACUUAGUCGGCUGCCCAUAUGCAUUUCUUUUUACAGGUGUAUUGGUUUGUAUUGAUUCUUAUAAACUGAGUAAAAAAAAUUUUUUGGCUCGUCUCUUACCUUUC